AUGCAUCAGGAGUGGCUGAUCUUCAAUGAGGAAAAUGAAUUCAGCAUUUCCAGACCUGGAAGGCCUCCGAAGAGGACUCAAAGUGUCACCUCUCCAGAGAACUCUCACAUCAUGCCGCAUUCUGUCCCUGGCCUCAUGUCUCCUGGAAUAAUUCCACCAACAGGUUUGACUGCAGCUGCUGCAGCUGCUGCAGCUGCUACCAAUGCAGCUAUUGCUGAAGCAAUGAAGGUGAAAAAAAUCAAAUUAGAAGCUAUGAGCAACUACCACGCCAGUAACAACCAACAUGGAGCAGAUGCUGAAAAUGGGGAUAUGAAUUCAAGUGUUGGCAGCAGUGGUGGUUCUUGGGAUAAGGAAUCACUUCACUCUUCCCCAUCCCAGGGAUCCCAGGCGCCUGUUACACAUGCCCGCAUGCCUGCAGCGUAUAACCUUCCAGUUAGCCAUCCUCUCAACCAUCUGCAGCACAGCCACCUUCUGCCAAAUGGACUGGAACUUCCUUUUAUGAUGAUGCCCCACCCUCUAAUUCCUGUAAGCCUACCUCCAGCAUCUGUCACCAUGGCAAUGAGCCAGAUGAACCACCUUAGCACCAUUGCAAAUAUGGCGGCAGCGGCACAAGUUCAGAGUCCUCCAUCUAGGGUGGAAACAUCAGUUAUUAAGGAGCGUGUUCCUGACAGUCCCUCACCUGCCCCCUCUCUUGAGGAGGGCAGAAGGCCUGGCAGCCACCCAUCAUCACACCGCAGCAGCAGCGUCUCCAGCUCCCCUGCACGGACCGAGAGUUCUUCCGAUAGAAUCCCUGUCCAUCAGAAUGGAUUGUCCAUGAACCAGAUGCUGAUGGGUUUAUCACCAAAUGUGCUUCCUGGUCCAAAGGAGGGAGAUUUGGCUGGUCAUGACAUGGGACAUGAGUCAAAAAGAAUUCACAUUGAAAAAGAUGAGACCCCGCUUUCUACACCAACCGCAAGAGACAGCAUCGACAAACUUUCUCUAACUGGGCAUGGGCAACCACUACCUCCAGGCUUCCCGUCUCCCUUUCUGUUUCCUGAUGGCCUGUCUUCCAUAGAGACACUUCUCACUAACAUACAGGGCCUUUUGAAAGUUGCCAUAGAUAAUGCCAGAGCUCAAGAAAAACAGGUCCAACUGGAAAAAACAGAGCUGAAGAUGGAUUUUUUAAGGGAAAGAGAGCUAAGAGAGACACUGGAGAAACAGCUAGCCAUGGAACAAAAGAAUAGAGCCAUUGUCCAAAAGAGGCUAAAGAAGGAAAAGAAAGCAAAGAGAAAGCUGCAGGAAGCCCUAGAAUUUGAGACAAAACGCCGUGAGCAAGCAGAGCAGACACUGAAACAGGCAGCUUCCGCAGACGGUCUCAGGGUCCUAAACGACUCCCUGACCCCAGAGAUAGAAGCUGACCGCAGCGGCGGGAGACCAGAUGCAGAAAGGACAAUACAAGAUGGAAGACUGUAUUUGAAAACUACUGUCAUGUACUGAAUCUUUCCUGUUGAAGAAAUCCACCUUUAUUACAGAACUCUGGAGUCAGAUAUUCCUCAUUGGAAAGUUCAGGAAAACAAAAACAGUCCAUAUAAAGGAACUUCUUCAAUUUUGUGUGUUAAUGUUCUUUAACAUUUAAGUAUUCCACAAAAGCAGAAAUGGUUCUGCCAUUGAUUUUUCCACCUGUGGUUCAUACCAGAGAUUGAGAAUGUUUAUAAAUGUACACACACCAAUCUUCUUACAGCUAAUAACUCACCUGUGCUGCUGGACACUUGUGUACAGAGUUAAAGAUGAGUCUUAGGAAGACCUAACUUUGGUUUGUUUUCUUUUUGUUCCUCUUAAUGGAAUGAACCAUUUUUUUUUCCUCUUCUGAAAAUUCUGUAACUGAGUGCAUCCACAGACUUUAUCACAGUGUUCACCCAGACAUACAGAACUGUGUCCUACAGAAACCAGCAAGAACACAUGGGGAUGAAUCUGUAAGGGGCGCCGAGGAUUCUGGUGGGAAGGAAAGAAGUGAGAGUAUUCUGUUACAUUCAGUUUUAAACUCUGUAAUUGCGGAUUUUCUCCUGAAGACUUUUUUCAUAUCCUUUCUGAAAGACCAACAACUGUAUGUUGACAACUCAAUGAAAUGACAUUUUGCAUAUCUGAAGCAGAAGCAUUGACUAUAAGCCAAAAGGUUUCACUGGUGGUCUCUUUUUCUUAAAAAUAAAAAAUAUAUAAAUAUAUAUAUAAAUAUAACAUGUUUUCAUUCCAAACUGGUAGUGGUAUAUAGGAUUAAAAAAAUAAUGUUGCUUCUUACUCAAACUGUUGGUCACAUGUACAGUAUAUAAACAUAAAACUCACAGGAAGGUAUUAUGUAUGCAGUAGUAUACUAGUGUUUAGGAAAUGAAAAUUUUAGAAAAUAUGUUUUGUCACUCUGUUGGUCAGAAAGACGUCUUUCUGGUUUUAACGCAUGCAGGCAUGUAAAUAUUUGUCUGGAGUCACAGUAUUAAUGAAUGAGAUCUUAUGAAUCUGGUGACAUCAGAACUUUGUGUCGGCCACUUUUAUUUGUAUAUUGAUCCCAAGUGAGUGCCCCAUACUUCACUACAGAGGAUGGAUUGUGGCUGGCCAGUAAAUCAAAACACCAGAGAUAUUUUUAUAUGUUAAUGUCAUAUUAUGUUAAUGUUGCUGAAAAACAAAACUCAACAAGCCCUUGGUGUAUUGGUCCAAUACCAUGUAGCCCUGAGUGAUGAAGUUAAACUGUGCUGUGCUUCCCACCUUCUUCAGAGGGAAGGGUGGCUAUGUGUUAUUUUUACUGUCCUUUUGAGAGUUACAAUAUGUGUUUUCACAUUUGUGCAUAUAACUGGAAGCAAAGAUGCAAACAGUGCUAGUCCAUGCUGAAGUCACCUCUGUUUUUACACAAUGGAAGUGAUGCUUCUAAAGACUCACAGGAGUCAGUGUAGUGGCUAUACACUUUAUGAUUUUUCUGUCAUCUUAAAAUUUUAUAAUGUAACAUUUUUAUUACCAUAAAACAACAAAGUAAUAAGUCUGAGGAAGCUAGCUUCAAUGUUUCAAGAUAGUUAUGAUUGGGUAAUCACUCUUUGGUUAAGAAAAAAAAAAUCCCACUAUGGAUAUGCAUCACUAUGCUUCUGUAAUUUUUAGGUCUCCCUUGCAAUUCUGAAACAUAACUAAUUCUUGGCUGUAACUUGCUAUUAACUGGUUAAGUCAAAUUUUCAUACAAUAAAGGGUUAUAUGUACAGUUCUUCUUUUAGCUUGCUUUAAAAGGGAGUAAUGUUUUAAUUUAAAAUACUGUUAGUAACUGCUUUGUAGAAAUUUGGUUUGCUGAGCAUAAUUCUGCCAUGAUCAUGUUUUGUUGUUUGAGGAAAAGAGAUUCUAUUCCUACUUACAUGUAUUUUUGUUUGCUUUUUCCCUACAUACAGUCCUUAAAAGAUUACAACACUUAAAAUUAGAGGGACUUGUGUCAAGCUUUGGAGUCAUAAUUGGCAGAUUUCUUUUUAAGCCUACAAUUUACAUAGGUAGUCGAGUUGGUCAUUGCUCAGCUCCUGGCCUCGAGUCACCUGUUAAGUGGGGUAAAUAGUUUUAAAAUACAUACGUGAAAGGCCUCUGAGAAUGCUUUAGUGUUUGGUUCAACAAAAAGGAAAUUUAAGAAGGAUUGGAGAUAAAAGCUGUCCACUGUAUGUUGAGACUCUUAUUAACCUGUUGUACAUAUUACAGUUCACAAAUGUUAUUGUAAGUUCGUAACUUAAUUUUCCCCUUUUUAGUUAAGCAGGUUUGGUUAGAAAUUUUGUGUUUUGGUGUAAGCAAGUAAAAUUCUGUCCAUUUUAUUGUUUCCAUGCUUUUGUAAUUCUACAAAUAUUAACGUCUAGUUGUUCUAUAUUAUAACCAUAUUUGCGCUCUAUGCAAGCCCUUGGAACAGAACAUACUCAUCUUCAUGUAGGACCUAUGAAAAUUGUCUAUUUUUAUCUAUAUAUUUAAAGUUUUCUAAAAAUGAUAAAAGGUUAUUACGAAUUUUGUUGUACAAAAUCUGUACAAAAAUCUGUUUUUACAUCAUAAUGCAAGAAUUGGAAAUUUUUCUAUGGUAGCCUAGUUAUUUGAGCCUGGUUUCAAUGUGAGAACCACGUUUACUGUUAUUGUAUUUAAUUUUCUUUUUCUUUUCAACAAUCUCCUAAUAAAAAUGUCUGAAAUCGCCUUGUGACUUUA